AUGGUCACUUAUAUCGACAUCCCAUCAGCUCCCAAGCGCCUUGCUUACAUUCUGUCGACUCCGGGCAAAAGAGUCGCUACUGAGAUUGACCCGGCCUACCCUACCGUGCUCCUCUGUCAUCCGCCAACUGCCUGUGGAUACUACUACUACUAUGGUCAGCUGGAGGACCCCUCUCUGAAUGAGCACUACAAUCUUCUCACGAUUGACAUACCCGGGCACGGUGCAUCUCGUAUGAAGGAGCCUUUGGAGGGGGAGAUCACAUGGGGGCGGAUAGGCAUGCUCUUCCAUGAGGCCUUGCAAGCUUUUGGUGUCAAGAAAGUCCAUCUUGUCGGAAGUGACAUGGGUGGACAGGCCGCCUUGUCCAUGGCUAUAGCUCAUCCCGAGAUGGUUGCAAGUUUGAUCAUGCUCAGGCCGAAUGGCCGACCUGAGCCAGAAAUUGUUGCUAUGGGGUUUGUAGAAUGGUUUGCCCUUCAAGCAGAACUCAUAGAGUCCAGAGACUUGGAUCUGAUCGAUAUCUUGGUUUCUAUCCUUCUGGAGUUCGUCACCGGGCAGAUGACAAACUGGAUCCUGAGGGACAUAUGCGAGGGUCUGGGAGAUCUGUGCAAAGCCAAAUUCAUGCGGGGGGAGGUGAUUUUAUAA